AUGGCUUGGGUGCGUAGCUUUGGGUUUGGUGCAGGACCAGGUGUAGGAUUUGUAGAUGGUUGUUGCGUUUUGGACCAUGGGCUGUUUUUAAUCGUUGUGUUGUGGGCACGCAUCGUGAAGCCCUUUCCUACCUUGUGCGAGUGUGGGAAUCGAACGAGUGUGCAAAACCUGUGGCAUCUGGGGCUCCUCGGUCAGAAGGUCGUGCCUGUGGAUCCCGGCGCAGGGCCCGCGGAGGAGGACAAGAAGCAAGCUGGCUUUGGCGGACAGACGAAACCCGUGUUCCACAAGAAGGCCAAGACCACGAAGAAGAUCGUGCUGAAGUUUGAGUGCACGAAGUGCAAGGCCAAGCGGAUGAAGCCCAUCAAGCGGACGAAGCAUUUCGAGCUCGGCACUGAUUCCAAGAAGGGCAAGAGCGAGUAUGGUGGCAAGUAUCGAUAG